AGGAGGUUUUGGUUCCCCUUCCCUUGAAGCAGUUGAAUUCUGAAACUCUUAUUCUUUAACAACCAUGUCCAUGGCUUCAAAAGUUAAAGCCUGUAAAGCUUGGUUGGUGAGUCAACCGGAAUUUUCAGGAGAGAUGGCGGGAGUAAUAGAAACACGAAGGAGCCCUCCACAGUCUCUUCCUCGAGAGAAGACUUUGCUUCGAAUUUUUUAUAAGAUUGGGGGUCAUCAUUCUGGGGAGGAUUUUGCAGUGAGAGGCAAGGAGCCUAAGGAUCAGUUUCAAAUUUAUACAUGGAAGGAUGCUACUCUCCGAGAGUUAACUACUCUGAUCAAAGAGUUGGGAUUAGCUUCAACAAGAAGAGAUGCGAGACUGUCAUUUGCUUUUGUGUGUCCUGAUAAGAAUGGUCGUUUUGUUGUGAGAGAGGUGGGGAGAACCUUGCCGUACCCAUAUGGAAGGCGACGAGAUUAUGAGAAAACAUUGACUGAGCUUGGCUUUGAGAUCGGAAACUACUUGGAUGUGGCGAUCCUGUAAAGAAGUUUUCAACCGUGAUAACACUUUUAGAUUGGCUGUCG